GGACCCAGCGGCUCCGGGGCUGGAGGGCGGGCGCCGGCCCGUCGGGGGCCCGGAGGGGGGCUCAGAGCGGGCGCAGGGGCGGCUCCGCGGGCGGACUCGGAGCGGGCGGCGGAGUGACCCGGCCAGCUGUCCUGACACCAGCCCAGACUGCCUCACCGCGUAGCCAUGAGAGCUGCCUACCUCUUCCUGCUGUUCCUGCCUGCGGGCCUGCUGGCUCAGGGCCAGUAUGACCUAGACUCUCUGUCUCCGUUCCCGGAACACGUCCAGUACACCCACUACAGUGACCAGAUAGGUAACCCCCCCCCCCACUCAGAGGUGACUCCUCGGCCCCCUGCGGAGCAGUUCCAGUCCCAGCAGCAAGUCCGGCAGGAAGUCGUCCUGGCCCCCACCCCAGCACCAGGAAAUGCGGAGACAGAGCCCACGGAGCCUGGGCCUCUGGACUGCCGCGAGGAACAGUACCCGUGCACCCGCCUCUACUCCAUCCACAAGCCCUGCAAACAGUGUCUCAAUGAGGUCUGCUUCUACAGCCUCCGCCGCGUGUACGUGGUCAACAAGGAGAUCUGUGUCCGCACGGUGUGUGCCCACGAGGAGCUCCUCCGAGCUGACCUGUGUCGGGACAAGUUCUCCAAAUGUGGCGUGAUGGCCAGCAGUGGCCUGUGCCAGUCCGUGGCGGCCUCCUGUGCGAGGAGCUGCGGGGGCUGCUAGGGCGGAGCCAGCACCCCAAGCCCUGGGCCUUCCUCAGAUCCGGGGCCCUCGGGCCCUGCCUCACCUGGUGCUUUUCUCCCCAGCCUGACAUUCCUUUUAUCCUGUAAAAAGUUAGUGGACUGUGGCCCUGGGGGUUUGUCUCAGGCCCCUCCCCCAGCCUGUGGCCACCCCUGGGGCACAAUGGGGGCUCCCCACGGCCCAGUUUUCGGCCCCGGAGGAGGGGCAUCCCAGGCCUCUCGGUGGGACCUGGGCCUCUGAUGUGCCUUCUCAGUCCCUCCAGGACAGUCCCCCUGCCCACCAGCCCCUUUGAGGUAGGCUGUGCCCCUCACCCCAGCCGGUCUGCUUGGACUUCCUACAGCUCCCGGGCAUAGACCACCUUUGUUUUAUACAAAAUUAAAAUUGUUUUUACAAAA